ACUCAGUGGAUGGCGCCAUCAUGGGACGGAAUAUUCCGGGCAGCCUCAUGGGGACCCUGCAGUGGGACACUGACCCUUCCGUGUUGCAGCUCCAUUCAGAGUCUGAACUCGGACGGAGGAUGAUUAGACUUGGAGUCUCAAAGGUCACACAAGUGGAUUUCUUGCCUCGUGAGGUUGUGUCAUAUUCAAAGGAGACACAGACGCCAGUGACCACGCACCAAGCGGAAGAAGAAGACGAGGAUGACGAAAUGGGGGAACUUAAAAGAGACCACGACCAAGAGGAAAACCAAGAGGAGAAGCAAGAUAUGAAAGAAGUUCCUCCCAGAGAACUGACUGAAGAAGAGAAGCAGCAAGCCGUCCACUCGGAGGAAUUCUUGAUCUUUUUUGAUCGAACAAUUCGUGUCAUUGAAAGAGCCCUGGCCGAAGAUUGUAAUAUAUUCUUUGACUACAGUGGAAGAGACCUGGAAGAUAAAGAAGGGGAUAUCCAAGCUGGGGCCAAUCUCUCAUUUAAUCGACAGUUCUAUGAUGAACAUUGGUCAAAACAUCGAGUGGUCACUUGUCUGGACUGGUCGCUGCAGUAUCCAGAACUAAUGGUGGCAUCUUAUAAUAAUAAUGAAGACGCCCCUCAUGAACCUGAUGGUGUCGCCCUAGUAUGGAACAUGAAGUUCAAGAAGACCACUCCAGAAUAUAUAUUCCAUUGUCAGUCAUCAGUGAUGUCGGUCUGCUUUGCACGUUUUCAUCCAAAUCUGUUGAUUGGUGGGACAUACUCUGGACAGAUAGUACUGUGGGAUAACCGCAGCCACAGGAGGACUCCGGUUCAGCGGACACCGCUUUCUGCCGCAGCGCACACGCAUCCUAUCUACUGCGUGAAUGUGGUGGGGACGCAGAACGCGCACAACCUUAUUACUGUUUCCACCGACGGUAAAUUGUGCUCCUGGAGUUUGGAUAUGCUCUCAGCUCCGCAGGAAAGUAUGGAACUGGUCUAUAAUAAAUCCAAGGCAGUAGCAGUGACCGGGAUGGCGUUUCCUACAGGAGACGUGAACAACUUUGUAGUCGGGAGUGAGGAGGGGACGGUUUACACGGCGUGCCGCCAUGGAAGCAAAGCUGGCAUCAGUGAAGUCUUUGAAGGCCACCAGGGCCCAAUCACGGGACUCAACUGCCACAGCGCUGUGGGAGCCAUCGACUUCUCCCAUCUGUUCCUGACGUCAUCCUUCGACUGGACGGUCAAGCUGUGGACCACUAAGCACAACAAGCCGCUCUACUCCUUCGAAGAUAACGCAGACUAUGUGUACGACGUCAUGUGGUCCCCGCAGCACCCCGCGCUCUUCGCCUGUGUGGACGGGAUGGGCCGGCUGGACCUGUGGAACCUGAACAACGACACCGAGGUCCCCACUGCGAGCACAACCGUGGAAGGAGCGUCCGCGCUCAACAGGGUCCGCUGGGCUCAGAGCGGCCGAGAAGUGGCGGUCGGCGACUCCGAAGGACGGAUCUGGAUCUACGAUGUCGGAGAGUUUGCCAUUCCACACAGUGACGAAUGGGGCCGGCUUGCCCGUACUCUGGUUGAGAUUCGCGCCAACCGAGGUGAUGGGGAAGAAGAAGCUGUAGAACUGUCAACCUGAGUGCACAAUGUCAACCACAACCAGCACAGCAUUAAUCUGUAACUGAAUGUACCAAUGUCACCAUUAUUUUUGCUGUGAUCUUUUCAAGUGCCGCCAGUCCUUCUCCACCUUCAGCUUCUUGUUAAAAUAGUGGCCAGCCCAGCCGAGACAUCCUGUCGUCUCUCUGUAUUGUGCAGACAAUCUCAGCCCUUGUCUCCCGUCCUUCCCUGGUGUACUAAUAUUUCGCUGUGUGCCAGUAUUUUAAUUAAAAGAAUUAUAUCACAGCCAGAACGCUAGUUAUUCCUGGAUGAAAACAUGUGCAUACUAAUUCACAAAUAAUUGCUGAAGAUAGUAGACAAAUUGUGUGCUGGCUCAUUCAGGCCUAUGACAUUAAUGUUCUUACGAAACAUGGUGAUGGUGGCCAGAAAGGACAAUAUGGCUGGCAGGUCCAGGCAACAAGUUCCAAAUACUUGUUCACAGUGGGCAUCAUUCCUAGAAUUAUCAUGAUUCUCCACUUCGUUUGUUAGGACAACAGGUUGAUAUCAGCUAGAAUUGUGCACAGAGCUAUUGUCAUUUCUCUUCCCCCACUUUUCUUGCCAGUUCACACAAUGUGCAAUACUCAACAGGUGUUCCUGUGGUAAAGAGAAUAUGAAGUCUGGGGUCACUCCUGAGGCAUGAAGGGAAUUAUAUCAAACCAAAAGUUGUCCUUGAUAGAACAUUCAGUGUUUGAGCAGAGGGGUUCCAACUUCCAAGACCACCACAACGAAGAGGACUCAGCCUCUUUCCGCAAGGUAAUGGAAUGAGCUGCAGUAUCAAGCACAGUCACUCGAACACAAGAUCUUGUGGCUGUGUAAACCAUGUUCUGAUCAGUAGUGGUCCCAGAGGUUGAACUUCCAUGGAUCUUACAUGGCCCACACUAAUAGGCUAUUCUGUCCCCAGAUAACAUGUUUAGAACAAGUCCAGCUACUAUUAAUUGUAAAGUUUUACAAACCUUCACCUACAAAGUCAAAGUGACAGACAUGUUCGAAGUAAAUCGAUAUUCUUCAUGUUUCCUGGUAAUCAGAACAAUUUGAACAAAUGCUGUUCUCAAUAGAAAACAUCCCCUUUCUACAAAUAACAGACCCAGAAAACCAGAUGAGAAUGUUGCAUGUGAAGUUUUUAGCCGCACACUAUGUAUACCAUAAUAAUUAGGCCCAUAAAACAAGAGGUUUAAUUAGAUUAAGGUAAUGGACUGUUGACACCAAGUUGGACCAUAGAUUGGCAUGGUCUCUCCAACAGUGACUCUCCAAGUAGGAAUGCAGUCGUAGCAUCAUAAAGGAAAAAAAAAAAUCAGGUGAGAACAUGGAGUAGGAGCUGCUUAGUGAAACUGUGUGUUCCACCAUGUGCUAAGAAUGAGAAGAAAUGGGUGCCCUUUCUUCCCAGAAUUCCAGAGGAGCAUGUAUGGCCUAUACGUCUCCUCAAGCCGAUUAAGGCACUCUCUCCCCAAGGAGAGAUAGUACACCCCCAAAUCC